GGUUGUUGCAUAAAAUGUUAUAAUUUUAUUAUGCAAGCAUUUCACAUCGUCCAACCCCACCCUGGCCAUAGUCCUUAUAAAAGGAAUAAAGGAUCAGUAUAACGCCUGACUGACUGUAUGUGAAGUUUACAGUGGUUGUAUUAUAUGCAUGGUUGCGGUCCCAUGACACUAUAUACACAAGCAAGUAUUGGGCAGUGAUGAAUCAAAAACUAACUCUUUUCUUGGUCCUAUAUUUUGGACUGGCUAAUGCUUCCCACUUCCGUGGGGGAAUCAUCCAAUGGCGUCCAGUCAAUGCAUCCAACUUCGAUGGACUGAUUGAGUUCACUCAUCGAAUGGCAUGGAGAAGAUCUGCUGGUUUUCACUGUGACCAGAACACUAUAGACAACCGGCAGCUUAUUGGUGGUGGACAGCUCUACUGCUCAAGCGGUUGUUUUGGGUACUUGGGAAGUCUAAGCUAUUACUGCACUGACUACAGUAUUACAGAAGAUUGGAGCAGCGGAGAGAAAACAUGGCUGGCCAAUGUUGGUUUACAAUCAUCAUUUCAAGCAUACUAUCAAGGUUGCUGUUGGAUUGGCUUAAGGCAAGGAAGUGGCUAUUGGAGGCUUAACGUACGUGGUAUUCUGACACCAAGACCUGACAAUGGUCUAAUCAACAGCUCUCCAGUGACAGCCAUGACUCCGAUCAUCAGGCUACAGCUAGGAUGCCCAUCUACUAUUCACAUUCCAGUUCAAGAUGCAGAUGGAGAUGACAUUCGUUGUAGAUGGGGUUCUGGAUACACAGAAUGUGGAUAUAGUUACAAUUGUCAGGGAUUCUCUUAUGGAACACUUACUGGAUGUGCUCUACACUACAAUGGAGGUGGUUUAACUGGUUUGUACGCCUUAACUAUCCAAGUGGAGGACUUCAUUUCUCUACACAGCACCACGGCAAUGAGCAGUGUACCAAUGCAAUUUAUCAUCAGUUUAUUCACAUCACAUUUAAGUUGUGAUUCUGGCAAACCUCAACUUGUUGCAGAAACUCUACCUACUGGUUCAUGCAUUCCUGUGCCAUUUGGAAUUACAUUCAAUUUCUCCAUUGUUGCAUCAGUUAAUCAUGUCGGAAUAAGAAUCGUUGAGUUCCCAACUGUGUCCAUUGUUGGAGUGACAAAGUCAGCAGUAGCAAUGAGUACCUAUAACCCACUUUUGUAUUACACAAAUGUCACCUGGACCCCUCAGCCAUCUCAAUUUGGUUUACAUAUAUUCUGUUUCAGUGCCAAAGACACCAACAGUUUAACUUCGGAUCAGAGUUGUAUUGUCUUCCUUGGAGGAGUUCAAGGACCCAGGGCACUCAAGAACACUGUUGUCCCAUCUGGAAACCUUACACUUGGAAAACCUGUUCACCUCUUCUCCGUUGAGUUUGAUCAUCAGAUUUUCAGACCAACAAUACCAAACUUCAUCAAUAUAUAUGAGAAUAAGAGCAAUGGUGUAGUUGAUUCCAUCAAUGCCACCUCAUCCAGAGUGUCAUUCCCCACUCCCGGCAGUGGAGGGAGAGAAAUCAACUUCACAUCGAAUUAUACUUUUCAGUCCGGAGUUGGUUACUACGUUCUUUUUGAUCUUGGUGUUGCAGUAGGAAAAUCCUUUUGUCAUCAAGAGUCUGAACCAAUAACUUCGAAAACAUUUUGGAGUUUUACUGCUGAAAUCAAUGAAUGUGCGAAGGGAUUGGAUGACUGUGGUACUCUUGCCAAUUGCGUCGACACUCUACAAGGAUUCAACUGUGUUUGUAUUCCAGGGUACUCUGGUGAUGGAUACUCAUGUGUAGAUAUAGAUGAGUGUUCUGUUGCAACUGCUGUAUGUCCCCAGUAUACUUGGUGCCUGAAUAACAUGGGUAGUUACUCUUGCCCAUGCAAAUUUGGAGUUUCUUCCAGUGGAGACUGCAGUCUUCCUCCCGAUCCUCACCCUCCCCGAUCUCUUCACGCUCGGAGCACUACUUCUACCACAGCCACCAUCGCAUGGUCUUCACCCCAACCGCAAAGUUUCCUUCCUAUCUCUCAGUAUUCUCUCUCAUUGGCAGAUCAGCUGUUUGGGCUCCCACAAAUAAACGUAACUGUAAACAGCACUAAACUUUCAUACACUUUCUCUGGUCUUGAAGAAUUCGACUUGUUAAAGUGUGAUAUUGUGUCAGUCAGCUCUUAUGGUGGCAUUUCAAUAUCAGCCUCAAUCACUCUGCGGACCAAUGUAGCAGCUCCCUCGGCUGCGCCUCGUAAUCUAGCAGCAGUGGCCACCAGCUCAUCGAUGAUAUUCCUGUCUUGGUCGGAUCCACCCGCUAUUGAUAUCAAUGGAAAUGUUGUGUUUUACUUUAUUUUUAUCAGGGAGAUUUAUACUGGCCGUAACAUGUCAUUCCAUUCAUUUUCGAGGCAACUUACAGCUGGUCCUUUACAUCCUAACUACGCUUACUCUUGUAAAGUGGCAGCUUUCACAACAACAUUUGGACCAUUCACACCAACUGUCACUGUGUCUUCGGGUGAAGCAAAACCUUCUGCUCCUCCAAGAAACUUUACUCUGACAAGCAUUACAACGUUUUCUGCUAGUCUUUCAUGGGAGCCUCCUCAAUUUGAGCAACAGAAUGGUCGCAUAAGACACUACGUCAUAUACCUGACCGAUCUGACAGGAAUAGAUGGCACUGUGCAACUGAAGUCCUCCACUAAAAAUUGGGUCCUCAACAACCUGAGACCUGCUUUCUGUUACAGUGUGUCUGUAGCUGCAUACACAAUCGAUGUUGGACCGGCCACUGUUAAUGCUCAGUUUUGCUUACUCACGUCUGCUCCAAGUGCACCUCCUCAAGGUGUAAAUGGAUACCCUCUGAAUCCCACCACUUUCCACCUCGAAUGGUCUCCACCUUCUCUUCAUUAUCAGAACGGUCUCAUCGUAAGCUACUCCGUGAAUGUCACUGAGAAUGAGACUGCUGCGAUGUUUCAAGUAAAAACUAACCAGACAACUUUCAGAUUCUUGUCACUACAUCCAGACUACACCUAUUGCUGUAGAAUUGCUGCCAACACUAUUGCUGAGGGGCCAUUCUCUCCUAAUUACUGUGUUCGUCUUCAUCAAGGAAUUCCAAGUGCUGCUCCUCACAAUCUUAUGUCAGUCCUACCUGACCCACGCUCAAUAGUGCUUUCAUGGGACCCACCACAACCAGAAGACAAGAAUGGGAAGAUUAUCCGAUAUGCAAUUGAUGUGACAAGAAGUAAUACAGGACACAACUUUCAGCAGUUCACAAGUCAGACGACAGUGACUAUUACGAAUCUUGUACCAUACACUGCUUAUACUUGUAUGAUUGCUGCCAGCACUGUAGGUGGUACUGGCCCAUUCAGUUCUGCUUAUACAGUGACAACGCUUGAAGAUAAGCCAUCAGUGACUAGAAACAUUGCAGUUUCAAGGGUAACAAACGAGCCACACACCCUCCUUGUGACAUGGACUGCCCCAUCGAUCCUCAACGGUUUACUUACCAACUACACAGUUUACUGUGAAGUGGCUAAUGGUGGUAAUCUCUCUGUAGCUAGAGAGACAUCAGUUGGUCCUAGUUUUACUUUUGCUAAAGUGAACGGACUGAUCCCUUUUACCACCUAUCAUUGCGCUGUAACAGCAAGCACAUCAGCUGGGGAGAGUGAUCUCAGUAGUACUGAUUUUGCCACAACUGAUGAAUCGGUUCCUGAUGAUGCACCGGAAAUGUUCAGGUCCACUCAAGUUUCUGUAUCUUCUGUAACGGUUCUAUGGAGUCAGCCAAUGAUUCCCAAUGGAAUAGUAACUGCGUAUACCCUCCAUUAUAAUUCUACUGAUGGUGUAUCAAACACACGUCGGACUGUUAAUACAUUUUCCACUGUAACUGGCUUGCAGGAAUACACUUACUAUGAGUUUGUAGUUCGAGCUUCAACACGUAUUGGUGAUGGACCUACUACAAGUACUAUUAUUCAAACAAAGGAAUCAUACCCAACAUCUGCGCCUAAAAUGGUUCGAGUGAUCACAACUAGCUCAACCUCUUUGAGCUUGAUGUGGUCACCUCCAACAAUUGCUGAUCAGAAUGGUGUCAUCACACACUAUUCAGUGAUACUGAAAGACCUCCAAUUCGAUGCACACGACAUUAUCGUAAACCCCACGACCCUCAGCUAUGUAUUCACAUCUCUCAAUGAGUACAACAAUUACAGCUGCCAAAUUGCUGCCGCCACCAGUGUAGGUCUUGGUCCAUACAGUCAACCAAUACCUCUGAUGACGGAUCAAGCUGCUCCCUCAGCGCCUCCCCAGCAUCUAUCUGGCAGUGGAGUCAGCUCUUCUGUCAUAAAUCUCUCCUGGUCCCCUCCACCUGUCGUAGACAUUAAUGGAAUUGUCGUUCAGUAUACAGUUAGAGUAACAGACAAUCAUACGGGAAGAGUUACACAAUUUGUUGCUCUAGAAAAUCGUAUUACAGUCGGUUCUCUCACACCAUACGCUUUAUAUGACUGUGCUGUGUCUGCCUUCACAAUUGCAAGUGGGCCAUUUAGUGGCAUCUUAACAGUAAGGACAAAUCCAUCUGCCCCAACUGCUUCUCCCAGCCAGGUUUCUGCUUUGGUAUCCUCUAAUACCCUCAUUCUCAUGUGGGCUGCUCCAUCUUCUGAACAUAUCAAUGGUGUAAUUCAUCACUACGUCGCAAUUCUGACCGAAAUGGAUGCUUCAAGGUCAUCUACUGGUGCGAAAUAUUCGCUCAAUGCCAGCAGCACUGUUGUAACUUUCCGCAAUCUGCAUCCAUACUACUACUACAAAUGCAGUGUUGCAGCAUAUACUGUUGCUCUAGGGCCUGUGAGUGAGUCAAUAACCAUACGGCUUAAAGAAGACGCUCCUGCUGCAUCUCCAAACAAUGUCAUUGGUACUGCAUUGUCUCCUGAAAUCAUUCGAUUCACUUGGGAUCCUCCUCCAAUUCAAUUUCAGAAUGGUCUCAUUCGAAGUUAUAUGAUCAAGGUGAUGGAAAAUGAAACAGGAGUGGUAACUCAACAUUCAACCACCAUGACUCAAAUCAAUUUAAAUUCUCUUCAUGCGUAUUAUGUUUACGAGCUCGUAGUUGCUGCAGUCACUGUUGCUUCUGGACCCUUCUCUCAACCAGUUACUGUACAGACUCAUCCUGAUGUUCCUCAUGGUCCAAUUGGAUAUGCUCAGGUUACCCUCACCACCUCUGAUACUGUCAUGAUUAACUGGACCCCACCCAAACCUGAAGAUCAGAAUGGUGAAAUUCGGUAUCAUAUUAAUGUGACAGAAACAGACAGCAGAGGAAGUUCCUUCCAACUAGCAACUGCUAGUACAUCGAUAACCAUAAGUUCACUGCGACCCUUUACACAUUACGAAGUCCGCAUAGCUGCAUACACUGUAGUUGGAGAUGGUCCUUACAGUUCACCUAUCAAUGUGGUCACUAGGGAAGCAGCCCCUAGUAGCCCACCAGAAGAUGUGACUCUAGCUGCCAUUAGGCCUACCGCUAUAAGAAUUUCCUGGUCGCCUCCUCCUGCCAAAGAUCAGAAUGGAUUGAUUCGACAGUAUCGGAUCAAUAUCACUGAAGUGGACACUGAUACUGUAACUCUAAGGACAUCAGUGAGUACAUAUAUUGUACUGUUUGAGCUACAUCCAUUCUACACGUAUGAGUGUAUUGUUGGAGCUGUUACUGUUACUGAAGGACCUUAUUCUGAUCUUAUGACUAUCACCACUCCUGAAGAUGUGCCUAGCGGAUACCCACUAGAAGUUACAAACACUAGUACUACUGCACGCUCAGCAGUCAUUUCCUGGGAUCCACCAGAUGAGGAAGACCAAAAUGGCCUCAUAACCUCCUAUACUGUCAAGAUCGUUGAAGCUGGAACUGAAGAGACUUUACAACGGAUUUCUUCAACUACAAGCAUCACUGCUACUUCACUGAAGCCAUACACAUCUUACUCUGUGAGUGUAGCAGCUUCUACUUCAGUUGGAAAUGGACCCUUCAGCAUCUCCAUUACGUUGAGAACAAAUCAAGAUGUCCCAACAAGCCCUCCACUAUCCAUUAACUCAAGAGCUCAUGAUCCCAUGACUAUUCACAUCUCGUGGACCGUACCCGUGGAAGCAAAUGGAAUUGUGAUAGAAUACAAAGUGAAACUGAGGGAAGUUAACACUGGUCAAACGUCUCUUUUGCCUACGCAUUCAACCAGUAUUGAAGCCAAUACGGUACAUCCUGCCUACACCUAUGAGUACAGUGUUGCAGCAUCUACUGCUGUUGGAUAUGGUCCUUUCAGUGAUCUCGUCAACAUUACAACUCCCGAAGAUGCACCAAGUGGCCCUCCGCAGAAUGCUAUUGUGUUUAACAUAACUGCUAGGAGUGUAGUAAUCUCAUACAGUCCUCCUUUGGCACAAGAGCGGAAUGGUGUUGUUAUUCAGUACAAGGUUGAGUUGACAAACUUAGAUCUGGGAACUAGAAACCAAAUUGAAACAGCUGGGCUACAGUUACUCGUUCAAAGUUUGAGACCAUACACUGUGUAUGAGAUUACAGUUACUGGUCGAACUGCCAUUGGCUAUGGACCAUUUAGUGAACAACAAACAUUUCGGACACUUGAGAGUGUCCCAGGUAGUCAUCCAACAAAUGCUACAGGGCGUGCAAUCAACUCAUCACAUAUCUUGCUGACUUGGGAAGCUCCUCCCGCCAAUCUGGUUCAUGGUGUUAUAAGGGAGUAUCGAAUCAACGUAACAGAAGAUUCAACGGGUAGAAUGCUCCAUUUUACCAUAUCUGCUAUAUCUAGAGAACUACUUAUUGGAAAUCUUCACCCACAUUACGUAUACCACUGCACUAUUGUGGCAUUCACUAUCGAAGCAGGUCCAUAUACGGAUGUAAUAGUGGUACAAACCAAGGAGGCAGCUCCAUCUGGUCCACCUCUUACCUUCAGAGCUGUUUCUAAAGACCCUCGCUCAGCUUCCCUCUUUUGGGCUCCACCUCAACUGGACUUACAGAAUGGAAUUCUUCGUCACUAUGUAAUCAUAAUAAAAUCGGUCAGUGGAAGAGAAACACGAACCAUAACAGCCCCUGCUAACUCCUCCACUCUCACGGGACUUCAACCCCAUACUCUGUAUGAAUUUUCAAUUACUGCGGUAACUAUUGCUGCCAGUCCAUCCAGUCCUAUUGUUAGUGUGAAGACGUCUGAAGAUGCGCCAACGGGUCCGCCCCUGUCAGUACAAUCAUCAGCAAUCAAUGCAUCUUUAGUGUACAUCCAAUGGGACCCUCCCGCUGCUGACAGCCACAAUGGUGUGAUACGGCGUUACCAUAUCAAUAUUUCGGAAGUAGACACAGGGAAACAAGAACAGCGCUAUACUGAAAAUCUUCACAUCACCAUUGGCUCACUGCACCCUUUUUACCAAUACAGAUACACAGUUUCUGCCGAAACAAUCACUGCUGGGCCACCUUCUCUAGAAGGUAGAAUUCAAAUGCCUGAAGCAGCACCUUCUGCUCCUCCUACUAAUAUAGAAGCUGUGAAAACCACCUCAACUUCAUUUUUGCUUCAAUGGAAUAGCCCUCUUUUAGAUGGCAGAAACGGAAACAUCAGAAGAUACAUACUCGUUGUGACUGAACAGUCAUCAGACAAAGUAAUAGACAUCUCCACUCAAAACACAGAGCAACUGUUUGAGAGUUUGCAUCCGUACUACAAUUACACAUUCAGUGUAGCUGCUGUUACUAUAUCUGCUGGUGUGUUUUCUAAGCAACAGACGGUCACCACACUUGAAGACCGUCCAGGAGCCUCACCGCACAACCUAACAGCAAGUGUACCUGACCGAUGCUCUACUUCUAUUCAUGUACAGUGGGAAGCCCUUGCUGAGGGAGAACAAAAUGGUUUGAUUCUUGGUUACACCAUUAAUAUUGUUGAGGCUGGCUCAGUGAUUUCAUUUACAAGAGUCACCAAUGAUAACAAUUUUCUUGUUGAUGCUCUCCAGCCUUUCACUGUCUACAACUGUUCGGUGUCUGCAUACACCUCUGUCGGCAAUGGACCCAGUACACAUCUACCUGUGACAACAUGUGAAGAUGUACCCAGUGCUCCGAGAAUGCCUCGGAGAAGUAACGUGACGUCAGAUUCAGCGUCUUUGAGUUGGCUGCCUCCUGCAAGAUCAAAUGGAGUAAUUCGACAUUACCUGCUCUUCUUCGAUGAGAAAGACACUGGGUUUAACCGCACUGUGCUUGCUCAUUCCAAUACUAACUUUGUUGUUGGAGGGUUGCACCCAUACUACACAUACCAUCUUUCAAUACAUGCAGUUACAAUUGCAACUGGGCCACCAUCAACUGUGCUCAUUUUGCAGACUCUGCAAGACGCUCCUUCUGGCUACCCUAUUGACAGUGAAGCUUUUGCUGUGACUCCCAACAUAUUGUCUCUGGAAUGGGAUCCUCCUGCUGAGGAAAAUCAGAAUGGAAUCAUUAUCGACUAUUUUGUCAACGUCACUGCUGUUGAAACAAGCACUGCAUUCUCUGUUGUGUCUGGUGGUUCUCUCUCCACAACAAUUCCUGGGCUUCAUCCAUUCUAUACCUACAACUACAUCAUUGCUGCAGUUACAAAUGUUGGGAGAGGCCCAUUCAGCAUGUCAAGAUCAGUUCAAAUGCCUCAAGAUGCUCCAACUGCCCCACCAAGAAAUCUAACUGGGGAUUCCAUCAAUUCAACCUCGAUUGAGAUUGUUUGGGAAGAACCUAAACUCAGCGCACAAAAUGGAAUUAUAUCAUCAUACCACAUAAUUCUAACUGAUCUUCAAAGUCAGAAGACGAAGGAAUACAGUCGCCUUGGAUCACACUUUGACUUAGUUAUUAGUUCACUUCAUCCGUACUACAACUAUCAGUUCUCUGUAGCUGCUGGAACUGUGAUUGGGAGAGGACCACUUGCUUCAUUUAUUCCAAUUCAAACAAAAGAAGAUGCUCCGUCAGGUUCACCACAGAAACUAAACAUUACAUCUCUUAACUCAAUGGCAGUACAGUUGUCUUGGGAGACACUUACAGUGGAACAAACAAAUGGAAUUAUUAGGGGGUACAGCAUCAUAGUUAAAAGCACUCAGUCUGAUGAAAAGCAAACAUUGAACUCCACGAGCAACAACAUUGUAAUCCACAAUCUACAUCCCUACUACACCUAUGACUUCUUAGUUGCUGCUGUUACAGUUGGAAUUGGUCCAUAUACCAUCGGAAGGAGCACACUUCCACAAGAUAUACCUACUGGGGUGCCAAAAACAAUGCAAGUUGACUCACAGAGCUCUUCAGUGAUCAGUAUAUCUUGGAGGCCACCUGUACCAGAACAGCAAAAUGGUGUGAUUACUUCCUACUACAUUGCUGUUCUUGAAGUUCAAACUGGGACUACACUAAAGUUUCAAACUCAUGGAUCUGCCUCAUUCUAUAUCGUUAAUGCCUUACAUCCUUACUACACCUACAACUGUUCCGUAGCUGCUUUUACCAUUGGAUUAGGCCCCAGUGCUCAUGCUUCAGUUCUAACACACCCAGACAAACCGAGCGAUAAGCCUCAUAAUGUGAGUGUCUCUGCCACAAGUGCCACCACAGUUCUAAUGAAAUGGAGUCCACCCCCAGAUGAGCAUCGUAAUGGAAUCAUAAAUAGUUACACUGUUCAUGUGGCUGGUGUCGAUACUGGUGAUGAGUUUCAGCGGUCUGUCAACAGUUUGCAAGUUUUGAUCACAGAUCUCCACCCGUUCAAUAGCUACGAAUUCUCUGUCACUGCUGUUACUAUCACUGAAGGUCCAUUCAGUGAACCAAUGGUAUUAAAAAUGCCCGAAGCAGCUCCUUCAUCGCCACCUCAUGAUAGUAGAGCAACAACCACGUCAAGUACUUCUGUCACCCUUGCUUGGUAUCCUCCAGAUCCACAGGAGUGGAAUGGUGAAGUUGUCAGAUACACGGUGCUCUAUCAGCUAAUAGGGAUUCUAGGUGGUAUUGUAAAUAGUACUGUAGGUUCUGUAAUGAGUUUCUCAAUUCCUUCUUCUGGGCAGUCACUCACGAACAUCAAUGAUCCUGUAACAGUGAGACUACCUCUUGAGACUGAAACAGCUGUGAUUGAAGGAUUAGAGGAGUAUUCAUUAUACAAAUUCUGGGUGUACUUCGAGACAAGUGCUGGAAGAAGUGCUAACAGUGAAUGGAUUCAAGUGGAAACAUUAUCAGAUGUUCCCAGCGGCCCUCCUGUUAACAUGGUAGCUACUGUACUGUCAGCCUGGAGGAUCAGUGUCCAGUGGAAUGCUCCUCUAUUGUCUGACAGAAAUGGAAGAAUUAUUGGGUAUCACAUCCUUGUUAGAAAUCCUGACACAACAAUCACAACAUUUGCCAAUGUAUCUGGAGACACACACUAUUUUGUUGCAGAAGGUUUGAACAGUUUCACCAACUAUGAAGUUUCGGCUGCUGCUAAAACAAUUUUGGGAGUGGGACCAUACACUGUUCACUCUAAUGUGAAGACACAAGAAAGUGUUCCCAGCACUCCAUAUGGCUUGUCUGUAAGGGCUAAGAACAGCAGCUCUGUGUUCCUAUCAUGGAUGAAACCCACAAAAUCAAAUGGUAUCAUACUGGAGUACCAAAUGAACUACUUUGGCUAUGCUCCCAGGAAAAUUAUUGACAAUGAGCAGGAAUCUAUCGAAGUUGACAUUGCUGAUGGAAACAAUUCACUUCUGGUAUCAAGCUCAGAAUUGAUUGCAUUUAUUACUGGCUUGAAAACUGGACUCUUUUACAAUUUUACCGUACGUGCCAGAAAUGUCGCUGGAUUUAGUGAAAACUCAUCCACUCUUCAAUACAAUGUGCCAGCUGUUUCAGUGAGUGCUGGAGCUGCAAUUGGAAGCCCUUCAAACAUUGCAGUUGUUGUUAUAGCCGCUGCUGGAUGGGUGCUCAUUUUGCUAAUUGCUUUCUUUCUCGGAGUGUACUUGUGUAGACGUAAGGGUAAGUCAGGAGCCAGUCUCAUUUUCAGAGAGACUCCUGGUGCACGACGUGGAAAUGACUACGAGAUCUUUACUAACCCUGUUGUUGCUGACGAGGAAGAUCAGGAGACAGACUUGAAAAAAGGAGAAUGGGUUGAAUGUACUCUUAUUGGAGGAGGCAGCAGUUCAUUUAAUGCCAGUGUGGAUGAUUCAAAGAAGUUGGACCUGACCCAGCUUAAUAGUGAUGAUGAAACGGAAGCUAGCGUACUCGUUAUAAACUGCUGAGUAUUUAUGCCGCAUGUGUUACAAAAAAAGCUGCUGUAAAUUGCAUCAUUAAUUAGUUGUCUGUGUAAAAAUUGUGACAGUAGAGCUAGAUUUGCUGUGUGUAUACAUGUAGCAGUCCUAUAAAUUACUUUUUUCCCUCCACAUUAUUUUCUUUGUUCUUCUUAAUA